GAUACAUGUGUGGCUAUAUAAAGAAAAACAAUAUUGAGUACAUUAUUCAAUAUUAAGUUAGGCUCGCACGAAUUAAGUUAGUCCUACAUUUGUACCCGACUAACAUCAUAGUAAACACUAAUUAAACAAGAUAAUGGCUUUUAAUCUGGUAAGGUCUGCGUUAUCACAAACGAUUCGAUUGACUCGAACAGUGAAUCAUCCUUCUCUCGGUACAAUCAAUCGAAAUCGUUUUUCCACUUCAAAUGAAACUAGUGAAGGUGGAAUAUGUUUCGAACUAACUGAAGAUCAAAAAAGUAUGCUGGAUUUGGCCGAAAAAUUCACCAAGGAAGAGGUAAUGCCUAAAGCAGCCGAACUCGAUCGAACGGGUGAUUUUCCAAUGGAAAUAUUCAAAAAAGCUCACGAACUUGGUCUCGUCACCGAAACUUUACCAGUCGAAUACGGUGGCAUGGGAUUACCAUUGUUAGAUCAUUGUAUGAUUGCUGAAAAGAUUGCCUAUGGUUGUACAGGCGUCGGUACUGCAUUAUCGGCCAAUACAUUGGGUCAGGCACCGGUUAUUUUGUUCGGCAACGAUGAACAAAAGAAAGAUUAUCUUGGCCGAUGUGCUGCUGAACCAUUGAUCUGUGCCUAUGCUGUAACCGAACCGGGUACUGGUUCCGAUGUAGCCGGUGUUCGAACAAAAGCUACAAAAAAUGCUGAUGGUGAUUACGUACUUGAUGGACAAAAAAUGUGGAUCACUGGCGCCGGUUAUGCCAACUGGUUCUUCGUUCUGGCACGCUCGAAUCCGGAUCCAAAAGCUAAAGCUUCAGAAGCAUUCACUGGUUUUAUAGUCGAAGCUGAUACACCCGGCGUUACCAUUGGCCGUAAAGAAUGGAAUAUGGGUCAACGAUGUUCGGACACACGUGGCAUCACAUUCGAAGGUGUAGUUGUACCCAAGAAAAAUGUUCUGGUCGGCGAAGGCAAAGGAUUCCGUAUUGCCAUGGGUGCUUUUGAUCUUACAAGACCUCCAGUCGCAUCCGGUGCUGUCGGUUUAGCGCAACGAGCUCUCGAUGAGGCCACACAAUAUUCACUACAACGAACAACAUUCGGUCGUCCGAUUGCUACCCAUCAAGCCAUUCAAUUCAUGUUAGCCGAUAUGAUUAUAGGCAUUACCACUUCUAGAAUGGCUUACAUGCGUGCCGCAUACGAUUUCGAUCAUGGCCGUCGUAAUACAUAUUGGGCUUCCAUCGCCAAAUGUCUAGCCGGUGAUGUGGCCAAUAAAUGCGCUGCCGAUGCUGUACAAAUAUUCGGUGGUGCCGGUUUCAACAGCGAAUAUCCCGUCGAAAAACUAAUGCGAGAUGCAAAAAUAUUUCAAAUAUACGAAGGUACGGCCCAAAUUCAACGUAUGAUCAUUGCUCGAGAACAUUUUCAACAAACAAUGGGCCAAUAGUGUGUGAGUUUUUUAAAAAAUAUUGAUUACAAUUGCAUUCAAUAAAGGAAUAAUUUAUCGAGA